AUGUUGGAUGCUCGAAACUCCGAUGAUAUUUUGAGUAUUGAACCUCAAUAUGACCAGGGCCUUGAGGAUGAUGAUUCUAUAAGCUCAAUAAGUGAUUCAGGUGAUGCGGUCAAAUCCGAUGAUGAGGUGUUUUCCUCCUCGUCCAGUGAGUACGACGAUGAUGUGAAUGGGAAUAUUGAUGCUGAAUCAGGUAAGGGCGUUGAUCAAACAUAUGCUGAACUCACUGAUUUUAAAUGGCAGCACUUUAGCCAAGAAUUGGGGGUCAACACUUUUAUUUUGAAUGAGAACAAAUACUGUAUCAUUUUGGGACUGAAGAAGUAUCAAGAGGUUAUGAUAUGCGGAAGCUUCCAGCUGCGAAUCUUGAAAGGAGGAAUUACAUACAAUGAUGUCCACUACAAUGCAUCUCGCGAAUUGAUAAAUAUAUGGCAUCCCACUUGCUCUGCGAUGUCUCCAAUUGGAAGCUCAUUCUAUGCAGGAUGGGACGAGCGUAGUUUUAUGGUGAGUGACGUUGCAAAAACUGGGAUAGAACAUCAAGAAUUUGAGUGUGUUUUAUCUAUACAAGAUCGCUGCUUGGGACUACAAGAUAUUUCUGGGCUUAAUACAGUUUUCAGAGAUUUAUGGGUACCCCAGCAUUUUCAAAGGUUGGGCCACUCUUCAAGCGCUUCUUUUUCUAUUGUUUCAAAGGAUACUCUGAGAGACUUAAGUAACAUUUUGACGCUCACAAUCUCCCCUUCUUGGUCAGCAAAACUAGCAGAACUGUCUCAAUUUCAUCAAGCAAAUCUACAUGAUAUGAGGGUUAUGGUUCUAGGAGGUAAAAAUUGCGGGAAAUCGACUUUUUUGAGAUUGUUGCUGCAAAGAUUAUUGCAUACUAAUGAAGACGAGCAUGAACCCAUUUUUUACCUCGAUUUGGAUCCCGGUCAACCUGAAUUUUCCAGGCCUGACUGUAUAUCCCUGAGCAAGAUCGAUAAGAGUCUUGAGUUGGGUAAUCCACUCGCGCAGUCAAAUUUUACACCUAUAGCGGAACGCUAUAUUGGCACGAAUAGUCCGUCCUCUUUUCCUACACAAUACUUGAAGGAAGUGAGCGAGCUCUUCGACAGUUUCUCUAGUGAAUUCCACAUGGGCACAACACUGUUAAACGUUCCAGGCUGGAUAAAAGGUUUUGGAAUACAGAUUUUGAACUAUCUUAUUAACAACUUCAAACCCACCCACAUUGUGCUUGUGGAUUCAGGAUCUGGAAGGCAAUCGUUUAUUAACGAAUUACAAAUCAAUUCUUCCUUUACAUCUUUUCAGAGAGAAAACUAUCAGGCUCAAAUUGACAGUAUUGACGGUUAUCAUGGUUCCAGCUUCUCGACUUUCCGAAAUCGAUUUCACGCAUCUCAUCUAAGGCAAUUUCGACUUCUUUCGCAUUUUCACACAUUAUCUUCUUCCAAAAAACUCAUCAAGUAUGACUUUACUCCCUUGGUGAAAACGGCACCAUUAAGAGUGUCAUUUGGUGAUAAUGACCCAAUUAAAGGCUUUGUGAUCGAACAAAACACUGUAUCAUGGUCAGAUAGCCAUCUAAAAGAUGCUUUGGAAGGCACUAUAGUCGGGAUCUACAAACUUGAUGGAAACUUUUUGGCAGAGAAGCUAGAUUCAGUUCCUGUGUUAAAGAAUGUAGGGGAUGGUUAUUUUCUUAGCUUGGGACUGAUCCAUUCAAUAGAUACGACUGAAGCAUACAUCAAUAUUUACCUCCCGUUCCUGCAUCAUAGGGAGCUGAUGGCUUUAGAAAAUGACCAGUUGUACUUGAGAAGACGGAAAACCGAAACACCGCAAUGCGAACUGUACCCUUCAAACGAGUGCUUAGUGCCUCAAGGUGAAAGCGAUAUUCCCUUUUUGUCUUUCAAACGACAAAAAAAUAUGAAUUUGUUUGGAAAGUUCGCAGAAAUAUCCUUAGAAGAGGGCACUUUAAAACGUAGUCUCUAUUGGCCUAACCUACGGUACUAUAAUACAAUGCAAUUAGUUUAUAUAAUGGGGCUUUAG